ACUUCCCUUUAGUAGAAUUCUUUUGUAGAAAAGUUUAAAAAAUUUCCCAUUCUUAGAGAAGCGAUGGCGGAAAAUACUAAUGGAACGAAAACCGAAAUGACGACAGAAACGUCAAAUGAAGUGGAAGACAUCGGGAUAUACACGCAGAAAGUUCUCCAGACUGUUCUCCAGUGCGUGAAAUCAUCAAAUGCAUUGCCUGCCGAGGGAGAUGACUAUGACUUCUAUUCGAGUUUUCCUGGUUUCCAAGAAAUCAUGGAAAUUGAAGGCAAACGUAUACUACAUAUCAUUCAAAACAUUAUGAAACACCAACUUGUGAAGGGAAACAUAGCGGCAGAAAGUCAGAGCUCGACAGAGAUAGAAGAUAGAUUUGAGCACAUCAUUGAUGCCAACGACCAGCUGCUGGAGAAAAUUGGAAAUUUAUUGGAUGAAGCUUCAGGCAUUAAAAAACAAGAAAAUACACUUGUUAUCACCAACUUCAAACCAAAGCAGACCAAUAUUGCAAGCUGGAAUAAAAAGUCUCCAGCCACUACGCCUGCAGCUCCUAACAACUACAGAUUGAUUACAGGACGUCAACUUGUGAGACCACAGACUAAAUUUACAGAUGACAUUGAUAAUUCCAACAAUUCAUUUGUUCCACGAAUCCGAAGAAAGCCCAAUGCUCUGAAAUCACUCGAAGAAAGCUUAAAGGUUGAUGUUAAUGCUGAAAAUAUAUCAGACCCUGAUUUUUUCUACCCACAUCCGUACGCUUAUGAAAUGGAUCAUUGGAAAGCAAUGGACCAUCAGUUAGAGAAAUCCGAGGCAAAGUUUCCAAAACCAAUUAAAGAGACUUCUCUUGGAUAUAUAGAUACUGUGGGGAAAUUAGAAGAUCUCUGUAGAGAUUUAGCCAAAGAAGAGGUCAUUGCAGUUGAUUUGGAGCAUCAUUCCUACCGAACGUUCCAAGGUCUAACAUGUUUGAUGCAGAUUUCUACAUUUGAUCAGGACUUCAUUAUAGACACACUAGAGCUACGGAAAGAGCUAGAGUUACUCAACGACGUCUUCACAGAUCCUAAAAUUGUCAAAGUGUUUCAUGGUGCCAACUGCGAUGUGGGCUGGUUACAGAGAGACUUUGGUAUUUAUGUAGUGAAUAUGUUUGAUACUGGGCAAGCGUCUCGAAUACUAAACUAUGAACGCUUCUCGCUGUCUUAUUUAAUGGAGAGGUAUUGUCAAAAAGAAAUUGAUAAACAAUAUCGAUUAGCUGACUGGAGAAUCCGGCCUCUUCCUGAUGUUUUAAUUAACUAUGCCCGUGAAGACACACAUUAUUUACUGUAUAUUUAUAAUUGUAUGAAGAAUGAGCUCAUUGAGAAAGGUAACCUGAAUAAGAACUUACUAAAGGCUGUUUUACAGAGGAGUACAGAGAUAUGUAAAAAGGUUUACACGAAGCCAAUUUAUAAUGAUGAAUCACAUCAAGUGUUGUACAGAAAAAGUCGUAAAACCUUCAACUCUCAACAGAUGUUUGCCUUGAAGAAGAUGUAUUCUUGGAGAGAGAAGACAGCACGAAAUCAAGAUGAAAGCUUGAAUUAUGUUCUCCCUAAUCAUAUGCUGCUACAAAUUGCAGAGAUUCUACCAAGGGAACGACAAGGUGUCUUAGCUUGUUGCAACCCAAUACCACCUCUGAUUCGUCAGUAUUUACAAGAAAUUCACGGAUAUAUUCUAGAAGCAAGAGAUAUUACUAUCGUGAAGCAACGUGGCGUUGUUCCUGAGAAGAAAGACUCUGUUUCCAUCGACCCAAAGUACGAUAUGAACAAACUUUUAGAAUAUCCUCAUGAUUUAUCUCAUCAAAUCAAUAACAAAGAUAAUGAAUCAGACAAUUUCGAAGAUACUCUGAUGGCCAACAAAUUAAAUGGUGCUGAACUUUCUGAUAAUUCUAUCAUGAAUCUUAAAGAACAUCCCUUACUUUCGGCAUUUGACUGGUUCUCAGUGAAAAAUUCUCAGAAUAAAAAUUUUGCUGCAGAUCUUAAGGAAUCUUUUAAGAGCCCUUUUACUAUGUUCUUUCCUGUUAAUCAAAGUGAGGAAGAAAAUAGCAAAUCUACAGAUGUUGAAAUUGAGAAACACUGGAAACUUUUAAAGAAACAAAAACCGAAGAAAAAGGUUUCACAGAUUUGUUCAGAAUCAACAUCAUUCUCCAUUCCUUACAAAUUUACUAGUUGA